AUGGCUGACAACAACAAGAUCUCGUUUCAAGAUUACCUCGAGAUAACAAAUCUAGUAUCUCAGUGGUCCACAAGCUAUGACACUAAGGACUGGGAUUCACUAAGACUGUGCCUUGCUCCGUCUUCGUGCCUGGACUUCCGCAGCCUACAGGGCGAGCUACACGAGAACCUCACGCCUGACAAUUACGUGGCGAUUCUGGAGAAGAUGAUCGGCGACAGGCGCCUCAAGACGCAGCACUUCCUGGGCGUGUCAACUUGGACGCACCUAGGGGAGGGGUCGGUCGAGGUGGUUCACCAGGUGCGCGCCGCGCACCAGCGGUACAAGGACGAGACCCUGACGGAAGUGGCCAACAAGGGCCACGGUCACGGAUUCGUGUACAAAAGGUUUAGGAAGCACGCGGAUGGAUGGAAGAUUGAGAGCGUGCGGCCGGAGCUGGAUUGGGCGGAGUAUGACUUGCACGGUACACUGGCUUCACCGGAGAAGAAGUCGGAGUAG